CUCCGGUCUCAGUAUGACAGUCUAGGCGACCUGGCGCCACUUUGCCAACAGAUCCGGGUGGAGCAAUGUUGUUUCAGGAUUUGUCGCUUCUGGUGUCCUCGUGCAGCCGUUUCUUGGAUGUGGAUUCGUUGCCCAUAUCGCAGAGGAAGUCGUCGAUGCUGCAGUCCAUGUACCCUUGACUAUGUAUGUCUCGUACUUCAUGGAGGGACUGAUGGGACUUAUAGCACUCAUGGUAGCUGCGGUCUAUGUUGGGGAGAACCAAGUGGUCACCGCUCACGAUCUGGCACUGUUGAUGCUCCAGACAAGUUACGUUCCGGUGACCCGGUUUCUCGCGGUGGUCCUCAUCAUACUGCUCGCCAUGCGUAGUACGACUCUUCUGGCAACUUCUGCACGCCAGAUUCUGGCUAUCGGCAGGAGCUGCAACAUGAAGGAACUCAACUUCUUGGGGGAACUCGAUGGAUCUCCCGCACCUCGGAGUGCGCUAAGUUUUGUUGCAGUGAUGACAGCGGUGACUGAGCUUCUCACGCUUUUGAAGGACUACCGGCUCGUAUUCGAGCAAGUACGCCGGCUGGGAGUCUUGUGCACUCUCACCUCGCACAUCAUUUGUAUCGGUGCAGUGUGCAUCUACCGUCUCCGGGAUCUCACGAAUCGGAACAAGACCAGGCCCCGCUUCAGCUACUCGAAAGUACUGCGCUUUAUCACCAGCUGGCUUGCUUUUGGGGCAUGCGUCUCCUUUCUCAUAUUCGUCAAUUUCCCGCCAGAGCUGCCAGUCAAGCCGGCAAAUGCACCAUGGAGCUUGCUAGUGUGGGGUCUGAUCAUCAUGUGGUUAUCAUUCUGUUAUUGGAACUCAGCCUGUGUUGAUUUUGGCAUCGAAAAAGUUCCAGGUAGCUUCCCGGGCUUCUCAACGGACAUGCUUUUACGAAGUGUGAACAACACAACGUCUGCAGCGGCGGAACCCAUCAGGCCACAUGAUCCAGAACCACACGAUGCCAUCAGGAGUCAAGAAGCAUUGGGCAAUGAUCAACUAAAUUACCAUCAAACAGCCCCAAUGCCGGGGUGGCUACAUGAAGGACCUGUCGACCACGAACAACCUACAAACCUGGAGAUGCUAAACACACUUGGGCCCAUCACACAGCCAAAGACCAGGAAUAGCCAUCGCCCAGAAAUACCCGCUCAUAUUCCGGACACCCUCGCCUGCUUGGCCCCGUCAAGAUGCUUGCAGGGUGCUCGGAUCCCUGGUGCUUGGAUCUCUGACAUUGGUCCCUCUGAUUUUGCCAGAGGCUUGUGUCGAAACUGUAAGGCUUCGCGUCAGAGGGCAGCGGUGAUGGAGGAUGGGUGGCCGAGUCGUGCAGACGUGUUCGAGAGUGCAUAUGAGUCCGCGUAGGGAAUGUGAGAAAGGUUGGGGCGGCUCGUGUCCAGAAGACGAGUGGGUUGCAUGGGUGGGUGACGAGUGGAGAGUUCAGCUGCACUCGCUUUGCGGAUGGUCCAGCAAACAGAUCUUCGGGAUGGAAGUUCUGAGACUCACAGAGUCAGAGUAGCAACUAGCGCGUAUAGCUGGAGAAUUGUUUCUACUUCAAAAAUACCCAAUCUCGCCUGGUGUUAUACUACCAUCAGAAAUUCAAUGCCUCUACA